AUGUUCCUUCAGUCCGUCUCUCGGGCUGCUGCUCGCAGCUCGGCCAUGCCCACCACUGCCAUUCGUUCCUAUCGCACCGUCUCGGGCCCAAUGGCUUGCCUGAAUGCCCGCCCUCAGCCUGUGAAGAAGUCUAUCGCUCCCCAGCAGACCCGCGCCUCAUCCGAGCACGCCAUCUCGAAUCCCACACUCGCCGGUAUCGAGAAGCGCUGGGAGGCCAUGCCCCCUCAGGAGCAGGCCGAUCUGUGGAUGCAGCUCAGGGACCGUAUGAAGGUUGACUGGCACCAGAUGACCCUUCAGGAGAAGAAGGCCGCUUACUGGAUUGCCUUUGGUCCUCAUGGCCCUCGCGCGCAGGCCCCUAAGGGUGAGGGUCUUAGAAUUGCCGUUAAGGUCGCCCAGCUUACUGCUGUCUCCGUCGCCCUGUUCUACGUCAUUCACUUGUUCGCUAAGCCCCAGCCUAAGACCAUGUCCAAGGAGUGGCAGGAGGCUUCCAACGAGUAUGCCAAGGCCGAGAAGAUCAACCCUAUCUACGGUAUCAGUGCCGAGGGUUACGAGGGCAAGGGCUUCGUCCAGAGCCCUCCUGCUGAGAAGUCAUAG